UUCCGCAAAAAAUUGGACGCCGCGGAUCUCGAGCCCCGAACUCGGACGCCUGAACGCGCCGAGGCUUUGUUGUUGGUGGAAGCCAAGCACGAGGUCCCGCAGGAUUACAACAAAACUCUAGUUGAAACUGGUUUAAUUCGACGAGAUAUUUCCUACUCACGGAUUUUAUUCAUAAAAUCCGCCCACCUGCUACAAGAUGUCCGUCAAUCCGUCGAAGGAAGAACUGCGCGCCGAGAUUCGGGUCAUCUUGAAAGAUGCCAAUCUAGAGGAAACGGCGGUGAAAAAGGUGCGGAUGCAGUUGGAGAAAAAUCUGAGCUGCGACCUGUCCACCCGAAAGAAGGAAGUGGACGAUCUCGUCAUGGAGUACGUCAAUUCACAGGCCUCGUCGGGCGAGGAGGAGGAGGACGACGAGGACGAUAAGAAGGGAAGAGGUAAGAAGGGAGCCAAAUCCAACAAGAGCAGCGACUACGAGGAGGAAGACGACGAGGACGAGGAGGAGGAAGACGACGACGACGAUGAUUAUUCCGAGGAUGAGAAACCGAAGGGCCGCAAGAGUGGCGGUAAGCGGGGAACGCCGGCAAAGCGGGGCCAAGCCGCCAAAAAGAAGAAGAGACAAAACUCGGACAGCGAGGAUAACUCCGGUUCGGAUGACGAUGAAGAUGAGGAAGAGGGCAGCGAUGAGGACUACAGACCACAGAAGGGAGCGCAGGGUGCAAAGGGAGGCAGUAAGGGCAAGAAGCGUAAGAACGAUUCGGAGUCCGACUCGGACGAGGAUUGGAAGCAGGCGAAAAAACCCAAGGCAAAGGGGAAGGCGGCUGCCGGAGGGGCCAAAAAAGGUGGUGCUCGUGGUACGGGGUACACUCGCCCGUACACGUUGUCCGCCGAUCUGGCGGCGCUCUGUGGUGCCGAGUCAUUGCCGCGCCACGAGGUAGUGAAGAAGAUCUGGACCAUCAUCAAGGAGCGCAAUCUGUAUGAUCCGAAGAACAAGCAGUUUGCGAUCUGUGAUGCCGAAUUGCAAAAGGUGAUCGGCGUGAAGCGGUUCCGCACGUUUGGCAUGCUCAAAUAUUUAAAGCCACACUUCAAGGACUAGAACGAUGCCUGGCACCUGAAGGUAUCGGAGUAAGAAAUCAUGAUAACACUAUUGUAGGUCACUAUCAUGAUAACACUAUUGUAAGCUUCGGCAGCGCACUAGGCCGGAAGAUACACAUAUAUUUCUUCUUAGAUUCCCGGGACGAGUCCGAUUGGCGAGACCCACUUUCAACACGACGACUAGAGAUUCUCGAUAAGAUAAUAGCAUUAUUUGUACUGGUAGAUAUAAAUAGAUCGGAUGGUAAACAGUCGUAUCAACAGCACAGGAUACAGGAUCAUUCUCAAGCACUGGACGUUCUCUUUUACUCGUAAGAAUUCCUCGUUUCCUAAUAACACUCCAGCUGCGUCGAAUGGAACCGAUAGAAUGGCUUCUAAUGUAAACCAAACCAAUCCGAAAGAAGAAACAAGAAUAGACCACCAUUCGUAGGGGGUGAAGGAACCCAAGAUGAUGAUAGCAAGAAGCAUGCGUAAUUUCGAUUCAAUUCGUCAAAUGAAAUCAGUUGCCAUCGACACAAUUCCGUAAGCUCUACAACGCAGAUAUCCCCAAAUGGAUGUUGAACGUAAAAUAUAAUAAGAAACAAUCUUUAAAAUGUUCGAACCACUGAAUGUAUACAGCGCCACUUACUACUGACAAGUACACACAAUUUUAAGCUAAAUAAACUGUAACUGGUGAACAUAUUUUGA